AUGACCUCGAGGAUCCCCUCCCGUCCGGUCCAGGCACUCAUCACCAUGCUGGUCUGCUUUAGCGUCCUCGGCUUGCUCGGUAAUGCACUAGUCAUCUACGUCUAUGCCAGGAAGCGCAACAAGCUUUCAUCUACCGUUUUCAUCAUCGCUCUGGCCUGCAUUGAUUUGGUCACGUCAGCAGUUGGUAUGCCGUACACCAUCGUCGUGGAGGGACUGGACUAUCAAAUCUCGCUAGAUUUUUCUUGCAAGUUCUACUAUUUUAUUAUUACUUGCACCGUUCCUUUUUCUGUUUUUAUAAUGGUCGCCAUCGCCAUCGACAGAUACAUCUGCAUCUGCAGACCACAUUCUCAUGUCUUGGACGCUACCAGAGCGCGGAACUCUGUCUUUGUGUUGUUAGUGGUUGCCAUGGCACUCGGAGUCAUCACCGCCAUGUUCUACGGUGUCUACAUAGAUGUCGCCACUUUGAAGAAAAGCAACGUCUUUUCAGAACCUGUAGAAAAGUUCGUGAAAGGAAAAAUCGGUAAUCUGACUGACGAGCUUAAUCUUCUAGAGGGAAACAAUUGUCCCCAAUGCGUGAAUCACUCCAACGAUGCUCAAUUUUCCGAGCGAUUUGUAGAUGUUUUGGUGGAGCUGUACAAAACUGCCUGCGAUCGGGAAAAUCUAUCUAAUGAAAGCUACAUAUACACAGGUCACUGUCUACCCAAUCAAAUCGUGUUUUCAGAUAACUUCCGGCGUACAUACCAGACGAUUUAUUCAUCGAGUUUUUUAUUUUGUUUCUUUGUUGUAUUUGUGUUGUAUAUCUGCAUUUAUAGAUCAGUAUUGUCGAGAAGGGCUCGAAGAUUCGCAGCCAGAUCAAAGACGAAGGUCACCUUAACACAAGAGGUGUCCCUUACGGAAAAUCAAAGCAUGCUGAAUGACUCACCUGAUAAAAGUAUCGCCAUGGCGGAUAUCAACAAUGGCACACACGACAAAAGUCACCUGAGUUCCACUUCUAAUACUCAACCUACCCAGAACUUACUAGAGCGUCAAACCCGUCAGCAUAUAGAAGUCGAAGAGCUACAACAUGAAGCUGCUCAAAAAACUGCACAACCUAACAACGGCUGCCUUCGGGACAAAUAUUUUCUGGCUAACAUAAGAACAGCCAUUAUGCUUUUUGUGGUCACUGUUGCCUUUGUUAUAGCUUACCUCCCUUCGUGGCUAAUGGCGUUUAAGGUCAUCCAUUUUAAUGUGAUCAUCUUCUACGUCUAUUUCAGUAACCACAUCGUUAACCCUAUUAUCUACGCCUUUAUGAAUCCUGCUUUCAGAAGAUCUCUGAAGGGUCU